AUGGAUUCAUCAUCAUCUAAAACACAAGAAAUACAAGAGACUUUAAAAAUUCUUAAAAAGAAUAUCAAUUCUAUCACAAAACAGAUUGAUGAAUUAAAUUAUCAACGUGAAAACUUACAAGUGCAAUAUGAUCAAUUAAGAUCUCAAUUAACUACAGCCCGUGUCCAAGAAAUUUCAAGUUCUUUAGGUACAUCAUCUGAAUACAAUUCAGAAUCCUUAUUCCCAUGGACUUCAGAAGUGAAUCGAGUGAGAAAAGAAAUUUUCCGAAUUUCAGAAUUUCGUCCUUUACAAAUAACAGCAAUUAACGCAGUUUUAGAUGGUCGUGAUGUAAUCCUAGUUAUGCCUACAGGCGCAGGCAAAAGCUUGGUAUAUCAAUUACCUGCAUUACUUAAUGUUAAUGCUUUCAAAGUGAAUGGACGAUAUCGUGGUUCAUUAACGUUAGUUAUAAGUCCAUUGGUUUCUUUAAUGGUUGAUCAGUCGAUUAACUUGACCAGAUACAGUCUCGAACCAGAUACAAUAGCAGUUUUAGAUGCGAAUACACCAUUACAAGAACAACGUCGAAUUCUCUCAUUACUUGCAGAAAAAUCUAACAAAACAAAUAUUUCAACAAAAUCUAAUUUACGCUUAUUGUAUGUAACUCCAGAGAAAUUGGCUAAAAGUAAAUUAUUAUUAAAUCGUCUAGAGAUGGCUUAUUCAACAAAUCGAUUAGCUUGUAUUGCUAUUGAUGAAGUACAUUGUGCUAGUCAAUGGGGUCAUGAUUUCAGACCGGAUUAUAAAUUUCUACAUGUAUUAAAACGUCAAUUUUCUAAUGUACCGAUUAUUGGUUUAACUGCAACUGCAACCACUGAAAUCAUUGUAGAUAUAGAAAAUAUGUUAGGUCUUAAUGUAGACAAAUGUUUAGUAUUAAGAACUAGUUAUAAUCGAGAAAAUUUAAAUUAUUAUGUUAAACAAGUCAGUGGAUCUAUCAAAGCAUCUGUUGGAUAUUUAUAUGAACUAAUUAACAAAAAUUAUACUAAUCAAUCAGGCAUUGUGUAUUGUUUUUCUCAAAAAGAUACUGAAGAUGUUUCUUCAGAACUAAAGAAUUUUGGGUUAAAAGUAGCUCCAUAUCAUGCGAACUUAGAUUUUAAUUAUCGAUCUAGAGUUCAUUCCGAUUGGAGUCAAGGAAGAAUUCAAGUGAUUGUUGCCACUGUAGCUUUUGGUAUGGGUAUAGAUAAAGCUGAUGUUCGUUUUGUAAUACACUUUUCAUCAAGCAAAAGUCUAGAAAAUUAUUAUCAGGAAUCAGGUAGAGCAGGACGUGAUUCGAACUCCGCGGAUUGUAUAUUAAUGUGGCGUUUUUCAGAUCUAUUUCGUUUAGCCAGCAUGGUAUCAUCUGAACGAACAGGAAUUGCAAAACUUUAUGAAAUGGUUGGAUAUUGUAUUGAUCCGGAUAUGUGUAGACGUUUUUUAAUUUCGAAAAAUCUCGGUGAUGCUUCUUGGUCUACUGAUGACUGUAAAAAUGCUUGUGACAAUUGUCAACGUAAAAACACAAAUAAGUCAGAUGUAUCCACGUUGAUUCAAAUAAAAACAGAUAAAUUACUGAAUGCGACAAAACAAUUAUUAUUUGAUCAAAGUUUAACAAAACAAGAAAGGAUAACUGGCCCUAAAUUGAUUGAUCUUAUGACUUGUAAUAAGCAGAUACAAUCUAUCAGUCAAAAAUUAUUGUAUAGAAAUCAAGAAAAACCUGAACGUCAAUUUUAUGAACAUUUCAUAUCUUGGUGUUUAAUUAAACAAUACUUAAAAUUAGAUUUUCAUUUUACACCAUAUUCAACUGUUUGUUAUGUUGUCAACAAUGACAAUUCAGUUGAUAAUGAACACAUUGAAUUAAUGCCUUAUUUAUUAUCAAUUAAGGAAGAAUUGGAUAAAGACAAAGUUACGGAAGAGCGUUCUCACGUAGAUGCCAAACGAAAAAGAAUACAUUCAACUGAAACGGUUGAUCUUACAUAAUUGAUUUCAAUUUGUUAGCAUAACGCUGUAUGCGUAAUUUACUUAUGUAUUAUAAAUAUAUUACCUGUGAUUUUAUGUUUGAAUAUAAACUGUUAACUCUAAUUGAAACAUUCAUCUUGAAUAAUAACAACAGUGGUUAACUGGUGUGAAUUAUUACGUUACGCGAAGUUGCGACAUCAGAUAUAGUCCUUUAAUGGUCGGUAACUAACGUAGGUUUGUAUGUCCAGAUAUACCACUGGUGUCGAGCCAGAGUUUAUUGAAACCCCUAAUUGGACCCUACCGUAUUUACCCAAUGUGUGCAAACUAUGAGAUAUACUUUGCUGAGUUUCUGGGUUAUUAUGAUAUUAGUGAAUCCGCAAAAGCCAUUACUUUAUAUCAUUUUUAACGAUAAUUUGAAUGGCUAGUAAACUUUUCAACCUAAACUAGGAAUGACAACAAAAUAAGAUGGUGGUUGGAUGUAGUCAACAGGAUACACUAGGUCCGGGUUUCGUGCUACUUGGCACUCGUCAGCAAGGUGUACCUGAGGGAACUGGUGCUCCCUGACGGAUUCGAUUCCGUGUCACCCAGCUUCUGUCAGAGACGUUACCAUCGGGCUAUCCGGGCUGCAACCGACCUCCUGUGGAACUGAGAUGUAAUCACAAUUGAUUGAUCACUGGGUG